AUGGACGAGUUAAGGCCGAAUCUCGGAUUGCUCGGCGUAGGUCUCGUCGAGAACGAGAGCUUUCAUUUGAAUCAUAAUCAAGAGAAGAGGAAGUGCAGCAGCACCAGCUCCAACGAGCAAGAUUUUAGUCUGUACGGGGUGCACCAGGGGCUGGAAGCUAGCCCGCCAACGCCCGCUGCGACGCCCGGAAGAAGCAGCGUCGGCGCCACCUCCACUGUUGGUGCAGAAGGAGCUUUCAAAAAAUUAAAACCUGACCCCUGUGCUUCGAGUCCUCACAUCGGCCAUACUCCUACCACCGCAAGUUGUCCAACACCUGCUCGACGACGGCACAGAACUACUUUCACACAGGAGCAGCUGGCAGAAUUGGAAUCGGCAUUCGCAAAAUCUCAUUAUCCGGACAUAUACUGCAGGGAGGAAUUGGCGCGGUCCACCAAAUUGAACGAAGCCAGAAUUCAGGUUUGGUUUCAGAACAGAAGAGCGAAAUACAGGAAACAAGAAAAGCAACUACAAAAAGCAUUGACUCCAAUUCCAGCUUGUCAAGGCGCCAUGAUGAGGAAUAUCUAUCCUGGUGCUAGCAGAGGUUAUCAACCGUAUCCUCAUCCUCACAAUAGCAUAAACGGAAUAAACCGCUAUCCUCAGAUGGGUACAACGUCCUAUCCAAGUAUGACCCAACCAUUUUCCAUGUCUCAUUCAGCGUCGAAUAUGUCUGCAGUUACCGGUAUGAGACAGGAUGCAAUGGGAAUGUCAGCUGAAGACGAGUGGUACAACAAAAGUAUCUCCGCUCUGAGAAUGAAUACAGCUCAUCACCCUAACCUCGCUGCUCCGAUGCUGCAAUACCAAACAUAAUUGUAAUCGUAUAUAAAAUUCGCAGACAAGUAUUUGUGCGUCCCUGUUCCGCGAUAACUCACGGCACCGUUCGAACGUGUAGCCAAAACGAAACAAAAGAAGAAGCUUGUUUCAAGAACCACGUGAACAAGUUAGUGAAGCGAAAAUCAAACGAUGUUUUUUCCACGGAUGAUCAUAAAGAGGAACGCAAGUUGAAUUUCUCGAUAGGCACUCGUCGAAUCGAGAUCUUACCAAGAUCGUUUACCGAUAUUAUGAUAAAAGAAGUCAGCCAUGAUUAUUUACGUUGACGAGAUCAACUGACGUGUUUCAUCGUAAUAUUAACGAUAUUUUUGGUAAAUCGACUUUGUUAAUAUCAUUUGAUAUCGGUUAUUAUCGGUAAGAAGUAUUCGUGUGCGCCGCUAUACAUACGCGAGUGGUACGAACAGUAGACUCUCGUUAUAUUGCCGAAAAUCGGGGAGCUAAAGACAAGCGAAUUAAAGGAAAGAUAAAUUUGUGAAAGCUAAAAUUCGUGAAAUAUCGAUUCUUGCAUAUGUGAGAUAAGAUGGACUAAGAUGGUGACGGCAAUAUAACGAGAGUCUCCUGGGUAUUCAAUUAAGUACACAUAUUCGCACGUACACCACUAAUUACUAGUGCAAAUGUUUAUGUACACAAACUUCAAUUAUUCUGUACAAAGUAUAAUGUAUCUUCAUAUGGUUUUCAGUUUUUGAAGUUCGAAGAUUUUUGUUUAGAAGGUGGUUGUAUCAAGAAUUUGAGGGGUUGAUUUUCUUGGAUGUAAAUAAUGAUAUAUAGAUCUAAAUAAUGGGGUAAUUUUAGAAAGUUAUUUACAGGAAGAAAAUUGUAUUUAAAGUCGUAAGGUUUAUAUGUACAAUCGGAUGCAAUAGAAGCUUCUGAAGAGUGUAGGACUUUUAGGUUAUGUUUUACAAUCAUAAAUUUAUGAUGGAUUUUUAGCUGUUUUAUAUGUUUGUGAAUUUUGAAAUUUGGUUGUUAAACAGUUCUAUGAGUG